AUGAUCAGCCUCCUAGCCAUUGCUUCUCUCGUCUUCCUCUUCGUGGCCUUGCACGGCUCGCUUGCCUUGCACCGCACCUGCAGCUGGAAAGACGGAGGCGACAACCGCCCCGACGAGCAUGGGUACGAGCGCUACUGCGCCGCAGAGCCUGUCGUCUACGACCAUCGAUUCGCCACGUAUAAUUGUCCAGACAAAGGCAGGCCGCUCGUCGCUAAUUGGGGUUACAUCUACGCGGCAGGACUUGAGUUCUCGACGCCCUGCAAUAAUGGAGGAUUCGCCAAGGACUGCUCGUAUACAGCUUGGGCGCUGUGCAUCUCGCAGGUGGCGGCCGGUGGUCCAACGGGUCAAACGUUCAUCGAGGUUUGCUACGCGAUGAACGAGUACGAUGACUGCACUUGGCCGACCAAUUUCACCGAGGCGACGCUGCCGUACGUCGUUGAGGCAAAGCACAGGGCGUGCUCCUGGCAUGACAAGGGUAUCACGGACCCCAUCUCUCACGGGUAUUCGCCCUUCUGCACAGCGAGACGUAACGAUAUUGUUGGUCCUGACCACUCCGAGUACAAGUGCCUCGAGAACAAGGGCAUCGUCGUCGCAGACUAUGGCUUCCUCCGCAAUGACGUGCUUGAAUAUUGGACUCCCCAUGGCCAUGGAGGAUACGACUCCGAUAGCCAAAUCAAGUACUAUGGCGUUUGCAUCGGUGACAAUACAACGGAAGAGGGGAAGCAGCUCCAUUUCGAGCCGCUACAUGUCUGGUAA